AUGGCUUCCAAUAAGCCUGUAGAAGCCGUCGGCGCAGAACGCAUCCGCUGGCAUGACGAGGAGCAAGGUCAUCAGCGGACGCGCUCUCGCCCUCGCCUGAGCCGCGCCAAUUCCACCGACUCAAUGGCCAUUCGCAGCAUUUCACGAGCCCAGGUCGAUCCGGCCGUGACUCUUCCUAUUCACUACCGCACUGUCUCGUUCGGCAUUGAAGAGUCAAGAGGCAAGGAGCGUGCAGAAGCUAUUCGCGCGGCCGAUGCCACUGCCAAAGACCUUGGUGACUUGGAAUGGCACACCAUUGCCGCCGAUGAAGUCUCCUCGCGCCUCACCAGCUCUCCCCUGGAUGGCCUGUCGGAGGACCAGGUCAAGCGUCGCCAGCUUGAAUACGGUCGGAACGCUCCCUCCCCGCCGAAAACGAAUCGGACACUCACCGUCCUUGGGUACUUCUUCAAGGGCUUCGGUGGCAUCCUGCUCGUUGGUAGCAUCCUCGUCUUCGUCUCUUGGAAGCCCCUCGGCGAGCCGAACCCAGCGCUCGCCAAUCUUGCACUCGCAAUUGUUCUUCUGGCCGUCUUCUUCCUCCAAGCUAGCUUCAAUAUGUUCCAGGACUGGUCCACGUCCCGUGUCAUGGCAUCCAUCAAGGAUAUGCUGCCUGAGCAGUCGCAGGUGAUGCGCGACGGGAAUUUCGUCCAUGUGCCAGCUGAGGAGCUAGUGCCUGGUGAUGUUGUCCUCAUUAAGGCUGGCAACAAACUCCCAGCUGAUAUGCGCUUCAUCCAAGCCUCGUCCGAUGCCAAGUUUGAUCGCUCUGUCUUGACGGGUGAAUCGCGCCCUGUACCGGGCACCGUCAAUUCUACCGAUGAAAAUUACUUGGAGACGCACAACAUUGGCCUUCAGGGGACGCACUGCAUCAUUGGUACUAGUACCGGCAUUGUGGUCGCGACUGGUGACAAGACUGUCUUUGGUCGCAUCGCCACCUUGACCAACGAACCCAAGACAAAGAUGACGACGCUGGAAAGAGAAGUGCUGUACUUCGUGCUCUUUAUCUGCGGCAUCAUGCUGGCCAUGAUUACCUUGGUCCUUAUUCUCUGGAGCGCAUGGCUUCGCAAGGACCACCCGGGCUUCAUUUCCGUCAGCGCCCUCAUCGUCAGCUGCGUCAGUGUUGCCGUUGCUUUUAUCCCCGAGGGCCUCCCCAUUGCCAUCACCGCUGGCCUCACCAUCACUGCCAAUCUGAUGAAAAAGAAUAACGUCCUUUGCAAGUCCCUCAAGACUGUCGAGACGCUCGGAUCCGUUUCCGUCAUUUGCUCAGACAAGACGGGCACGCUAACGCAGGGUAAGAUGUCUCUUACCGACUGCGCCAUUGGCAGCAGCAAUGUCAGUGUGGAAGAGCUUCAGAUUAAUCUAGGCAGCAACGAAAAGGGGAGCGACUCUCCGCGUCAAUCUGCCUUUGAACAGCUUGGUGCCCUCGCUGCUCUCUGCAACGCCGCGGAGCUGGACGCCUCGCAGACAGACAUCCCCCUGGCCCAGCGCAACGUAUUUGGUGACGCUACAGACACCGCCAUUCUGCGAUUCUCUGAGUCCAUCUCAGAUGGGAAUGUUGGUUAUUUCAGAGGAUGCUGGCAAAAGGUGUUUGAUCUUGCUUUCAACAGUAAGAAUAAGUUUAUGAUUCGCACAUUUACCUGCAGUCGCAAGGAGGCUCUCGGGCAUACCAUGCACACCUCCAGUGCUUCUCAAUUUGGAGACAAUGAUAUUCUUCUCACGAUCAAGGGCGCUCCCGAUGUGCUCAUUAGUCGCUGCUCUGAGUACCUCACCCCGGAUGGCAGUGUUGCUUCACUAGACAAAAACGCCCUUGCCACGUUUGAACACCUUAAGCAAGUGUACUCGUCGCAGGGUAAGCGCUGUCUGCUCCUCGCGCGCAAGAUUGUUCCCAGCAACUCGAUCAAGAAUGCUGUUGAGGAUGGUGCUUAUGAGGAGGAAAUGCUCGAGCUUGCUAAGUGUAGUCUAACCUUGGUCGGCCUCGUCGCCAUUGUCGAUCCUCUCCGACCCGAGAUUCGCAAUGUCGUGUCUACUCUUCGCGGUGCCGGUAUUAGAAUCGCCAUGGUUACAGGUGACUUCAGUCUGACGGCGCUGGCCAUCGCCCGCGACGCUGGUAUCGUCACUUGCGUGCACGUCGACGGCGCCAGCUACCUGGAACGCAACCCCCAGCCGUCCCCCGACUCGACCGAUUCUGAAGAAAAGCGCAGUAGCAGCGGCUCGCGCGGCGCCCUUGUAAUCAGCGGCAGCGAGCUUACACUGCUCAACGACUACCAGUGGAAAACGCUCACCGAGUAUGAGGAGAUUGUCUUCGCGCGCACGACGCCAGAGCAGAAGCUGCGCAUCGUGCGCGAGUUCCAAAAAGACAAUGUCGUCGCCAUGACUGGUGAUGGCGUGAACGACGCGCCAUCACUCAAGGCCGCUGAUGUCGGCAUCGCCCUCGGUAGUGGUUCGGAUAUUGCGAUGGAGGCGGCCGACAUGAUCCUGCUGGACUCGUUCUCGUCGAUCGUGAUUGCUGUGCAGUACGGCCGUGUCGUAUUUGAUAACUUGAAAAAGGUCAUUGCGUAUCUUCUGCCUGCUGGAUCGUUCUCUGAGUUCUGGCCUGUCAUAACCAACGUUGCCUUUGGCCUUCCACAGAUUCUGUCUUCUUUCCUCAUGAUCAUCAUUUGUUGCUUCACUGAUUGUGUGGCCGCCACCGUCCUGUCUUACGAAAAGCCCGAGGCUGACGUGUUGCACCGUCGCCCGCGAAACGUCAAGAAAGACCGCUUGGUCAAUUGGCAACUCAUCUUCCAGGCAUACGGCAUUAUUGGCAUGACUGAGACGUUAGCCUCGUUCGCGAUGUCAUACUGGUACUUAGAGCGCAAGGGCAUCGCAUUCAAAGACCUAUGGUUUUCCUUCGGCAAAGUCCCGUCAUACGUGACCGAGGACUACUACAACGCUCGGUUGACGGAGGCGUCGUCCAUCUACUUUGUCAACUUGGUGGUGAUGCAGUGGUUCAACCUGAUGGCAGUUCGGUGCCGCCGGUUGAGCAUUUUCCAACAUCCGCCGGUGUUUGACAAGGCUACGCAAAACCUGUACUUGUUUCCCGCGAUUCUCUUCGCGCUUAGCAUGGCGUUCCUCUGGUGCUACCCACCAGCGAUUCAGCGCGUGAUUAUCACAGCACCAGUGCCUGUCGAAUACUGGUUCUUGCCAUUUGCUUUUGGUAUUUACAUUAUUUUGAUUGAUGAGGCAAGACGUUUUUUUGUACGCAAAUACCCGAACGGCUUGAUGGCCAGGGCCGCGUGGUAA